AUGGCAGACACUGAACUCGCAGUUGGAAAGGUGGAUGAGCUCAAGGCUCGGCUGCUGCAUGUCAAGCAAAUAGAAGAGGAGCGCAUAGCGGCUCUUGAAACCUUGAAGCAAGAGCUCGAGCAACAGGAGCGCGAGGAGAGCAGUGAGGACGAAGUUGAAGAAGAAGAAGAAGAAGACGAACAGCGAAUGGCGCAUAACGGGCAAGCCCUGGUGGAUCAGCUGGAUAAGCGGAUCAAGGCCAUCCAACGAGAAAUGCAAGAGAAGAGGAGGAGCCAGGAGCUGCGCAAGCGACAGCUGAUGGAUGAGCGAGAAGAGCUCGUGAAACAGAUCGCUGCAGAGGUGGAAGAGAUGAAGGCGAUGCAGUCGGCUGCCAGGACCGCCAGCGGCAGCAGCGGAUCCUCGUAUUGGCUGAAGGCCGCGAUGGCGGGCGUCGGAUUGACGGUCCUCUGUGGCGUCUCCUACGCCUUCCUCGAAGCCAACGGCAAGCUUCGCCUGCCCGUCUUCGCCUAA